UGCAUGCUGGCCGGUUCUGCAGCUCCGAGGCUUUGGAAGUUAGCGACUGGAGGGAUCCCUCCUGGCUUUGGCGUCCGUCGAGUCUCCUAGCGCGCUUCCCGGUCCGCGCUGUGCCGUAUCCCGCCCUCGGGCAGCGUGCGGAGCUCUCUCGAAGUACCCUGGAGGUCCUCGGAAGACUUAAGAAGAUUUAGAAGGUAGAGGAAAGGGACCUUUUAAGCUUCUCUGGCCCUAAAUGGCUGCAGAAUCAAGAAAGCCUUCUUCGGCCCCAUCUCCACCAGACCAGACUCCUGAAGAGGAUCUUGUAAUUGUCAAGAUAGAGGAGGAUCAUGGUUGGGAUGAGGAAUCUAGCAUGCAUGAAAAUAAUACUGCUGGCCAAGAACUGUUUCGCCUACGUUUCAGGCAGCUAUGCUACCAGGAGACACUAGGACCCCGGGAAGCUCUGAUCCAGCUACGAGCACUUUGCCAUCAGUGGCUGCGGCCAGACUUGAACAGCAAGGAGCAGAUCCUGGAACUGCUGGUACUGGAGCAGUUCCUGACCAUCCUGCCAGGGGAGCUGCAGACUCUGGUGAAGGAACACCAGUUAGAAAAUGGAGAGGAGGUAGUGACCCUGUUGGAGGACUUGCAAAGGCAGAUUAAUAUCCUAGGACAACCAGUCUCAGCUCGUACACAUGGGCACAGAGUUCUCUGGGAGGAAGUCAUACCUUCAGAAUCUGCACCAGAAACUCCAAGUACUCAGUUUCGACCCCUGGCAACCAAACAUAAAUCUCCAGUGCCCCAGAAGCCACAGGACAGAGGAGAGAGGCCAGAUUUCACUUCUAAGGCCAUGUCUGCUUCUCAGAGUCCUACUCCUUCCCAGAAAGGAAGUUCUGGAGAUCAGGAGGUGACAGCUAGACUUCUCACUGCAGGGUUCCAGACUUUGGAAAAGAUUGAAGACAUGGCUGUGUCUCUUAUUCGAGAAGAGUGGCUUCUUGAUCCAUCACAGAAGGAUCUGAAUAGAGAUAACAGGCCCGAGAAAUACAGAAACAUGUUCUCCCUGGAUGGUGAGACCAGGAGUGAGAACAAGGAAUUCUUUUCAAAACAGGUAAUAUCAACCGGAAUCCAGCCACAUGGACAAACAGCUGCCAAGUGCAACGGGGAUGUUAUCGUGGGUCUUGCACACGGAGAAACCCAAGACAGAUUAGAGAGGCAGCAGGGAAAUCCCACACAAGAGAGACGGCAUAAAUGUGAUGAAUGUGGGAAAAGCUUUGCUCAGAACUCAGGCCUUGUUCGACACUGGAGAAUCCACACUGGAGAGAAACCCUAUCAAUGUAAUGUGUGCAGUAAAGCCUUCAGCUAUAGGUCAGCCCUUCUUUCCCAUCAGGACAUCCACAACAAAGUGAAGCGCUAUCACUGUAAAGAAUGUGGUAAAGCCUUCAGUCAGAACACGGGCCUGAUCCUGCACCAGAGAAUCCACACUGGGGAGAAGCCCUAUCAGUGUAAUCAGUGCGGUAAGGCCUUUAGUCAGAGCGCAGGCCUGAUCCUGCACCAGAGAAUCCACAGUGGGGAGAGACCGUAUGAAUGUAAUGAAUGUGGAAAAGCUUUCAGUCAUAGUUCACACCUCAUUGGACACCAGAGAAUCCACACUGGGGAGAAACCCUAUGAGUGUGAUGAGUGUGGGAAAACAUUCAGACGCAGCUCCCAUCUUAUUGGCCAUCAAAGAAGCCACACUGGGGAGAAACCCUACAAAUGCAAUGAGUGCGGGAGGGCCUUCAGUCAGAAAUCAGGCCUGAUUGAACAUCAGAGAAUCCAUACUGGAGAAAGACCAUACAAGUGUAAAGAAUGUGGGAAAGCUUUCAAUGGGAACACUGGUCUCAUUCAGCAUCUGAGAAUACACACGGGGGAGAAGCCCUAUCAAUGCAAUGAGUGUGGGAAAGCCUUUAUUCAGAGAUCAAGCCUCAUUCGACAUCAGAGAAUCCACACUGGAGAAAAGCCUGAAACCACAGGAGUUUAGGAAAAGCUUUGGUUGUUGUCUGAGUAUUAUUCAGCAUUAGGGAAACCAUGUAGUAGUGGAGAAGUCUAGUGAAAAGAGCAGAA